GAAGAACAAACUUUCUCUGUUAAUGACGUGUUUAGAUAUUCAUCCAGUCUUCGUUGUGUGUGUGUGUAUGCGUGCGUGUACAUCCAUAUGUGGGUGUGUGCUGUGGGUUUCUCUGUAAGUUCCUGCGUAUUCACGAAAGUUUGCAAAGUAGACGAGGGCUCCUUUGACUUGCAAAACAGCACUUACUUAGAGUCCGGGCACUGGGGAGGACAACAAGUUGAUGUAGGCUAGGUACAGGUUGAGUUCCAGCAUGAAGUCAUAGUACAGGUAGAGCAUCUGGAAUAAAAAAGGAUUACCAGCUUUGCCGACAUCUCUGCUUGUCUCCGUUGGUGACAGUGCCUGAUAACCAUCGCCAUGGGUGAAAUGGAGCAAUUGCGAAAGGAGGCAGACAACCUCAAAGACCAGAUCACUGCGGCCCGUAAGGCUGUGCAGGACACCACACUGCAGGAGGCUUCAGCUUCGAUCGCUGUGGUGGGGCGUGUCCAGUUGAAGACCAGGAAAACGCUCAGGGGUCACCUUGCCAAGAUCUACGCUAUGCACUGGGGCACCGACACCAAGCUGUGUGUCAGUGCUUCUCAGGAUGGAAAACUCAUAGUCUGGGACAGCAUCACAACCAACAAGGUGAGCGCCAUCCCCCUGAAGUCGUCAUGGGUGAUGACAUGUGCCUAUGCACCUUCAGGAAACCUCGUGGCAUGUGGCGGUCUGGACAACAUGUGCUCCAUCUACAACCUAAAGGGCAAGGACGGCAACGUAAAGGUGAUGCGGGAGCUGGCAGCUCACACAGGUUACCUGUCCUGCUGUCGUUUCCUUAGUGACAGUGAGAUCAUCACCAGCUCUGGGGACUGCACCUGUGUACUGUGGGACAUUGAGACGGGGACCCAGAAGACGAUUUUUGCGGGACACCAGGGAGACUGCAUGUCUCUGGCAGUGUCCCCAGACUUCAAGUUUUUCAUCUCAGGGGCGUGUGACUUCACAGCCAAGCUGUGGGACAUCAGGGAGGGCGCCUGCAGGCAGACCUUUGGAGGCCAUGAGAGCGACAUCAACGCCAUCGGGUUUUUCCCCAACGGCAACGCGGUGAUAACUGGAUCCGACGAUGCCACCUGCAAACUGCACGACCUGCGAGCUGACCAGGACCUCAUCACCUACCAGGACUCUGGCAUCAUGUGCGGGGUGACCUCGUUGGCUCCUUCCCUUUCCGGACGACUGAUUCUGGCUGGAUACGACGACUUUAACGUCAACAUCUGGGACUCCCUCAAAGCUGAGAGAGUGGGCGUGCUGGCCGGCCACGACAACAGAGUGAGCUGCAUCGGCGUGUCUUCAGACGGCAUGGCCUGUUGCACAGGAUCCUGGGACAGCUUCCUCAAGAUAUGGAACUGAGGCUGUUCCUCUCCAGCGAGCCGAAAAGGAGCAGUUAAUGUCUGCCCGGCAGGAAGUGAAGAUUAAGAGUUAGCGGUAGGGAGGAGGGCCAAGGACCCACAUAGGGUGAGAAGAGGGGAUUUCAAAUGUGCCAAGUCAUGUCUACUGUUGGAGAAGGGGUUAUAAUGUGAUGAUUUUCUCUUCUCCCUGUCACACUUUGCUUCUCACAUUAUGUGGAAAUUUGGGAGGGGACAAAAGGGUAAAGAGGCUGAGACAAUCUCAUUUUUAAAUUCAACUAUGGUUUAGGUGGCUGAAAGAUGCACAUUUAUUGCAGCAACUCUAAGAAUGCCCAUUGAAAACAGUUGCCAAAUGGAAAUGGUAGCGCAUUAGAAAGAGAAUUGAAUAGGUGUCGACUUACAGCAUGUGUAGGGUCACUCUACUCUACUGAUAUGCUGUUUUCUAUCGAACUGUAGGUUGCAUAAAUGUUUCAGACUGUUAUUUGUUCUUAGUUUUGGUAGAUUCCUAGUUAUUCACACUUAUUUUCUUCAAGUCAAAAUUGAGUCAUAGUUUUGAGAGUCAUUAGUGUUUGUUUUGUAUGUAUGAAGGACAACAUUUACCAGGAUGAGGGGUCUGUUAGUUGGCCUGAGCCCUUGAUAGUUUGACCUGCUACGUGCUUUUGGUAAGCUACUGAACUAACAGCUGGAAAGAUACAAUUGCGUCUCAUGGUUCACUGAGCAUUUACAAAAAAAAAAUAAGACAUGACCUAUUUAUCUCAGGCUGAGACUCAUUGUAUGAGCAUCAUAUGGAUAACAGCUCCUGAAUGCAUUUAAAUUUGAAUGGGUAUUUAUCCGCUUACCCUUUCCCCCAGCAUGUGAGCAGGUCAACUAGACAAUUUGUGUACAUUUGUUAAAAAUAAAAAGUAAAGAUUUGGACUAAUCUAGACCUGAAAUUUGAUAAGCUCUGUGCAAAGUGAAGCAAUAAUACCUAAUAAACAUGGGAUUCUGCA